GGGAAGUGGGAGAGAAAGGUACUCUAUCCACAGACCUUUUAGACUUCAUUGAAGAAUCUGUGAUAGCUCUUCCUUAUGUGUUUUUGAUAGCAAAUACAGCAUAAAUACACGAAAUGUAUAGUUGUGUAACAUUAGUAAUUGGGGCAGGUCACAUGGUCUAAUUACUUGACUUUUGUUAUACACGGCAGACUGCGAGAUGGACUCUGAAAAAAGGGACAGACUAUCUGAGCUUGUGGAGGAGCUGACCACCUCUGGGGAGCCAUCUCUGAAUGCAGACAAGAUGAAGGAGGUGAAGAAGAUCUGCAAGUCGUCCACUCAGUACAUCGAGCAGCUGUACCACCUGAUCAUGACGCAGCUGAACCAGGAGCACGCCGAGAUCCGCCUCUCCGCGUUCCACAUGGUGGCCGAGCUCUUCAGCCGAUCACAUGACUUCCGCCUGCUCAUCGUCGCCAACAUGCAGGAGUUCCUGGAGCUCACCGUGGAGACGGACUCCGACAACCCCCUGCCCCCUCCCAAAGAGGUGGCUCAGAAGAUGAAGAGGCUGGCCAUUCAAACGGUGCAGUCCUGGCACGAGACAUACGGAGAGGCCUACAAGAAGCUGGCACUCGCGUACCACUUCCUCAAGCAAGUCAAGAAGGUAGAUUUUCAAGACGUUGAGGUUCGCACCCUGACAGAGCGCAGGAGACAGGAGGAGAGACAGAGAAGACUGCAGACCAUCUACAAAGAGAAACUGGACAAAGCCAAGGCGGAGAUGGAAGAGACUUGUGAAGAUAUUGAAGAGAGUCUGACGGAGAUGCAGAACUGUGUAGAGAUCCUGCUGCCUGAUCCGGAUAACUUUGCCAUGUGCAACCUGGAGCCUACUGCGGGACCCAGCUCCAGUGGAGAACCAGCACCCUCGAGAGACUCUCCAACACCCACCUCAAAGAGAAGGGACGAAGACGAUCCCGAGCCCUGUUGCAGCCGGGAUCUGGACAAAGACACGGGCAAGAAAAGGGGGAAUGAGAAGGAGAAAGAGAAAAGGAAGGGGAAGGAGAAGGAGAAAAGGAAAGGAAAAGAGAAAGAGGUGGAGGUGGAGAGAACGGCUACAGACGAUACAGACGAUGCAGACGACACAGACGAAAAGAAAACUCCUGAAGGGGAUGAAGAAGACAGAACGUCCUUCCUGAGGAACUCUGGUGUGAUUUCCCACAAGUACAGUCUGGAGCUUGACAUAUCCACCGAUGUGAAUGUGCAGGAGUCGGAGGAUAACGAGGCGGUCCUCAGUAACAUCAGGGAUCUACAACGCAUCAUCAGCACCAAACACCUGCCUGCAGUCAAGUCCUGGAUUCAGGUGUUCACUAAAGUAGGCGGUGAGGAGCAGCAUCUGCGGAGGGCCAUGGACCUGAAGCAGUCUCUGGAAGCCGCCCUGCAGAAGUACUCCACCCUGCACAUCAGCCAUGACACCAGGCAGCGCAGAGUGAUGAGGGCAGAUGAAAGUGACGAUGACUUUGAAGAGGUCCCAGAGAGGGAAGACUUUGAGCCCCGAAUCCUUGAUGACCUCCGUGUAGAGUAUGGUCUGGAGCCCCUCAUCUCCACAUCAUCACCAUCGUCCUCGUCCUCCUCAGCAGCUGCAAGGGGGGCCCCUAAACCUAUACCCGCCCCCGCUCCCGCGCUGGGCACCGGCACCCGUGUGAAGAGGAAGGCCAGUGACGAGGAGCUGGACCCCACCACUGCUGCCGCCACGCUGCGCAUCCUCCGCCAACGCCUGCCAGCCAGCGCCAGCACCAGCACCAGCCUCCAGUGUGAAGCAUCAACCAGUAGUGCAACAUCCUCUAAGGCUACGGAGAGCGGUGAGGGCCAAAAAGCUCCUUUUCUGCCCUUUGGCAUUGACCUUUACUACUGGGGCAAGGAGCAGCCUACUGCGGGGAAGAUCGUCAAAAACUCGUUGCAGCAUCAGUUCUGGGUCCCCAACGCGAUGGAGGAGGAGGUGGUGAACGAGGAGUUGUCUGCCCAGAUGAAGGCUCGCUACAUCACCUUCGCCGGCCGCUUCCAGCCCGUACAGCACCGCUGCAAAGCGCCCAUGCCCAACGGCAGUCUCUGCGAACGGCAGGACCGGGUUAAGUGUCCUUUCCAUGGAAAAAUUAUUCCACGCGAUGAGUUGGGAAAUCCGAUGAACAAGGAGGACGCGGAACGCCUGGAGAAGGAGAAGAGGAAACAGCAGGAAGAGCAGCCUGACUGGCGCGACCCGGAGCUGAUGCGCGAGAUCGAGGCGGCGACGGGGGAGGAUCUGGGCUCGGACAAGACGUUUGGGAAGGGCAAGAAGGGGGCCAAGGGCAAAGGCAAGAAGAAGAAGAAGUACCCCGGCCUCACCGACCUCAAGCAGAACGCCAACACCUCGCGCUCGCGACUCGAGAAGAAGGUCUUCAACAAGAGCUCCAUGAGGCGAGUGACCGCCGUGAUGAACAAGAUGGACAGCCGCAAACACGAGAAGUUCUCCAACCAGUUCAACUACGCACUCAACUGAAAAACGAGAAGUUCUCCAACCGGUUCCAACAACUCAACUGAAAAACAACAAACACACACAAGUUCACCAAGAUAACAUGGAGCGAUAACUCACCAUAGCAUUACAAUACCACGCACAGCCUGCUAAGAUGUCAAGUGAAGUCAUUUUAGUCAAAAACAUUUUAGUUGUUAGCGACUGGACUUAGUUGUAAGCGAAUGGAAAAAUCUUACAACUAACAACACUUACAUCACCACAGUCUUAAAAAUCAGAGAGUGAAAACGCUGUGAUGUUUUACAUUAAGGGAACCGUUCUUCUCAUUUGAACUCAUUUGCCAACCAAUGUGCCCAUUAUACUUCAAUAUGAGUAUAAUAGCCACAUACUGAUCCAAGAUGCUACUCUUAAAUGAGACUUCAACUCAGGCAGCUUUACACACAAGAAAUACUGGCACAGAGUAUGCACACUAUUUCAGCUUCCGUUUUCAACGUAAAUUUAUAAAGCUUUUGUAUCACGUGUUUUCAAUUCUCAUUUUAUAUAUUUGCAUAAUUUACAUAUUUUUUAAUUAUUUCAUAUAUUUAUAAAUGAUGUGGUUGUGCGGUUGGUUUUGCAUAUCGAAAUAGAUGUUGUGAUGAUAGUGUACUUCUUUGUUUUUUUGGCAAUUUUGUUCCGUCAGUGAUUUUGUUCAAUGUAUUUGUCACGCGCGCUCAUGUAAAUACUUAAAAAAACGUGAAAAAAAAACUGUCAUGAAUUUCUCCCUUAAGCUAAAUGAUGCAUGUGGGCUUAUGUCAUGCCAAGUACUGUAUGUUUUGUUACCAUGUGUUUGUGUUUAUAAUUUAUUCCUAUCAAAUAUUUUGUAGAAAAUAUAGAUAAUUUCUAAAAAACACAUUCAACCUUGUCACGUUUGUGUCUGUACCAAGUUUAAGUUUUCCACAAUUAUCUUUUUCACAACCAUCAAAAGCAUCCCAUUUAUCAUGAUCAAAAUGGUCAACUCUUGCCAAGCCUUGCACUUCACCAUGAUGCCACUCACUUCGGGAUUUUGACACAAAUCUCACAUCAACAAUAAAUAAAUACAUGUA